GGGGCGGUGCGGCCAAUGGGGACGCGGUCCGUGCGGAGCGCGGCCAAUGGGGCGCGCGGGCGCGGCGGGGCGGCCAUGGCGGACGCGAUGGCGGCGGGCGGCCCGCGGCGCUGCCGGCGGCUGGAGGGCGAGGCGGCGCGGGCCUUGCUCGCCGAGGCCGACACGCUGCUCUUCGACUGCGACGGCGUCCUGUGGCGGGGCGAGGCGGCCGUGAGCGGCGCGGCGGCGGCGCUGGGGCGGCUGGCGGCGGCGGGCAAGCGGCUGUGCUACGUGACCAACAACAGCGGGCGGACGCGCGCGGCCUACACCGAGAAGCUGCGGCGCCUCGGCUUCCCGCCCGCCGAGCCCCGGCACGUCUUCAGCUCGGCCUUCUGCGCCGCCCGCUACCUGCGGCAGGCGCUGCCGCCCGGCGCCGCCGCCUACGUGCUGGGCAGCGCCGCGCUGGCCGCCGAGCUGGAGGCCGUGGGCAUCCCGCACCUCGGGCCCGGGCCCGCCGCCCUGCCCGGGCCCGCGCCCGCUGACUGGCUGCAGGCGCCGCUGGAGCCCGCCGUGCGCGCCGUGCUCGUGGGCUUCGACGAGCACUUCAGCUACGCCAAGCUGUGCCAGGCGCUGCGCUACCUGCUGCGCGGCGGCCCCGAGUGCCUCCUGGUCGGCACCAACCGCGACCACCGGCUGCCGCUCGAGGGCGGCGCCGGCAUCCCCGGGACGGGCUGCCUGGUGAAGGCCGUGGAGACGGCGGCGCAGCGCGAGGCGUUCAUCGUGGGCAAGCCCAACCGCUUCAUGUUCGACUGCGUGGCCGAGGAGUUCCAGGUGGACCCCGCGCGCACCAUCAUGGUGGGGGACCGGCUGGACACGGACAUCCUGAUGGGCAACAGCUGCGGCCUCACCACGCUGCUCACCCUGACCGGCGUGACGGCGCUGGACGAGGUGCGGGAGCACCAGGAGAGCGGCUGCGCCGCCCGGCUCGGCCUGGUCCCCGACUACUACGUGGACAGCAUCGCCGACCUGCUGCCGGCCCUGGGGGAGUAACGGGCCCGGGGGCAGCCCCGGGCAGCAGCCCGCGGCAGUAACGCUCGCGCUAGGUACCCCCCGGGGUUAGAACCCUUAGCUUGUCUCCUCUCUGUCCUCUCGGUAUGAUUCUGUUUACAUCUCAGUCUGAAAUGCACUUUGAACAAAGGGGGCAUUACGGGGCUGGGGCUUGGGGCUGGCUGUGGUUGUAAUGCAUCGAUCCAGUGCUGGUGGUGCUCCCUGGCACAGCUCCUCUGGGCUGGGCUGGGCUGGGCUGGGGAGUGGAGCUGCUUGAUCUGAGCGUCGGGAUCACGUCCAUGGCUCGGCCCGGGCUGUUCAGGGAAACGACUCUUGGGACGUGCAGUAACUCUGGCUGUGGUUGGAAGCACUUGUGGAGCUGGUGUUUGCCCUUGGGGUGACUCUUUUUCCCAGCUGGGGCCCUCUCGGGGGGCACAGCCCCAAAUCAGGUCACACAAAUCCAUCUCCCUCGUUUGACCACUGCACAUUGCACUUGUGAUGCAGGUUGGGAUGAUCCCACACAAUUGCAGACCGUGUCUGUCCAAGGUCGAGAGUGUGUAAAGCACGUGUACACACUGGCACUCCCUGAGCAUAAAGCUAGAGCAGAAUAUAUUUAAAUUAUAAAUAGAGUCUAUGAUAAUAUAUCUUGUUUCCCAGGAGGGAGGAUGAGAGAAAUGCAUUUCACUGAUUGAAUUCUCCUGAACGGUUGCAUUUGGUAAUGCAGAGAGUCUGUAGCCACACAGGACUGUCCCUCACUCCCCAGCUGCUUCCCAGAAUCCCUGGAUCGAUGCUCUGCGCUCCCCUCAGCGUCAGCGAGCCACUCGCCUUGGCUUCAGCUGCACAAUCCCAGUUCCCGCUCAGUCCGUGGAUGGAUGCAGUGCCCAGCUGUCCCCAGGGAGCCCUGUGGGUCUGGCUGUGUGUGACAGUAGCUCGUGCUUCCUUCCCAUCCCUGAGGUUCAGAUCUUCCGCGUGUGCCGGCGGGCGCCGGGCACGGUGGGUGGUGAGGAGUGCUGGCUUGCUCAGGGAUGAUUCUGUUUGAUCUCCAGGUGGGAUUGGGCAACGAGGGGCUCACCACAGGGUGGUUUUUGUGCUGCCCGAAUCCCACGGUGAAAGCUUUUGCAUUACAGAAUUAAUUGAAAAUUAUAUAUGCAAAUAACACGCUUUUCUUGCAUAGAUUCCAGUCUCUACAGUUCCAUCUAGGCACCGUUUUUCCUUCCUGUCCAGCUGAGGAGCUUGGGCAGUGCUGAUGCCGUUUCCUGCCUGGUAACUUGUCACCUUCUUUGUCCAGCAAUAACCCUGCAGUGCAGAGGGUCAGGGUGUUCCCAGAGCACUGCUGAACCUCUGCCAGGCUGUUUGUUUGUAAGGGGGAGCUGUGGAAGAAGUGUGGAUGAUCUCUUCUGCAAAGUCCCCGAGGCAGAGCUUACCCCUGAUGUGGGUAACUGGAGAUGGACGUUAUGGCCUCACUGCAGGUCCUGUCUGAUGUAACCGUGUGGGUUUGGAUUCGGUCUCUGUUUCUGGUGCUUUUUGUGUCAGGAAAAGGCCAGCAGAGAGUCCAGCAUCCCUCAGGCAGCUCUGUUCCUGCAGAGGGCUCUCGCUGGCGAGGGAGCCGUUGCCGGGGCUCCGGGGUGCUGGAAUGUGCUGGUGGCGGUGUCAAUCGUGCUUCAAAUCUCUGUUCUGACUUCCAAACAGUUCUUAAUCCUCUACUUGAACUUCCAUUAAACUCUCAAACCUGCUCUCCCCA